AUGGACAACGACCCGACGAUGGACUCGACCGGCUUUCAGUUCCAGGCAAAUUCUACAUCAAAAUGGGACAACGAACUCAAGUUUGCUGCAGCUGGCUCCGUCCGCACCUCGAUCAUUGUCCUAUCGGUUUUCAACGUGAUAGUAGCAUUCGCAGUUACUAUCAGUAUUCUUCUGCGCUCAUGGAGAACACUGAAACAAGUCGAACCUAUAUGGGACUUCAAUCACUCUUAG